AUGGACAAAUGUGUAAUUUCAAGUAAUUUAAACUUAAUUAUUUCAGGUUAUGGCAAAGGGUCGAAAUAUGGACCCUGGACAGCUUGUGAUCAAGUUUGUGGCCAUAAUGGUAAACAAACAAGAAGACUUAACUGUAAUAGCAGAAAGGGCUGUCUUGGACCAAGACAAGAGUACCGCGACUGUAACUCUGUUAACUGCCCUCAGCCAUGCAGCUUCGACGGUAUUCUAUUGCAACUCCUUCACAGCCUGAACCUCAACAUUUCGGUCAACAACAAUCAUCUGGUUGCAGCUUUUUCACAGGUGGUGGAAGCCAUGAGUGAUGCUGGGUCUUCUUCAGACGUCACCAACGAUUUCCUAAUAAAGAGAAUUAAAUAUCUUCUUC